AUGAGUCUGGGCGGAUAUGAUGUAAAUUACCAUGGAAUUCUAUCUCUGUUCAAUAUUUCAAAAGACACGUCUGGGUUCUACAUUUGCACAUCAACAAAUCGUAUUGGUUCUGCCAGAUGCAACUAUACCUUAGUUGUGACUCCUGGGAGCAUGAACAUUGGGUCCACUGCAGGUAUAAUUGCAGGAGUCCUCGCAGGAGUUGUGCUGCUGGCAAUUUUAAUCUUCUGUUGCUGCAAGAAAAAGGGCAAAAAGGAGAAGUAUGCUGAAGGUUCCCCUGAAGAAACGGCGUAUUAUGACAGAGACGCUCCUGAAGCUGGAGAGCCGUACUUGGAUGACAAGUCGAAGGGCGAGACAAAGCAGGUCAACCAGCAUGAAGUCAAAGGCCUUCCUCCAAACAAUUACAGCGAAGAACCAGCUGCACACAAGUUUGAGGACGAUCACCACAGUUAUAAUAGCAGCAAAGAAAGGUACGAUGGCAAGGGCAGUGAUGUUGACUCUCAGCGUUACCAGAACGAUCAGCAUGAUCGCCGCCGUGGGAGUCGUGAUCGCCUUGACGAUCAGCGUGAUCGUUAUGGAGGUAGUCGCGAUCGCCUUGACGAUCAGCAUGAUCGUUACGGGGGCAGUAGGGAUCGUCUUCAUGAUCAGCGCGAUCGUUAUGGGGGCAGUCGGGAUCGCCUUGACGAUCAGCACGAUCGUUACAGAGGCAGUCGGGAUCGCCUUGAUGAUCAGCGCGAACGUUAUGGAGGCAGUCGGGAUCGCCUUGACGAUCAGCGUGAUCGUUAUGGGGGCAGCCGUGAUCGCCUUGAUGACCAGUGUGAUCGUAACAGAGGCAGCCGUGACCGCCUUGAUUACAAUGACGAUCAAAGCAGAAACCGGUAUUAAUAACCUUGUGUUACUGAUUGUUAUAACGCUCUAAAAUCUUUUCUUUUAUGCACUAAAACAUUUUAUUGGGUUUAUGGAUUGGCUUAGUUCCCCGUCACAAACAGCCAAAGUAAAAUUAUUUUGUGCAUCCUCACAAAUAUUAUAAAUUAUCAUGUAGAAGCCAGUAUUCAAAUCAUAGUGUAGGGAAGAGUCGAAAUAAGAAGUAGAGGCUUGUCUCUUAUAUAAGCCUGUCCAACACAAGAGUCUGAUUAUCUCUUCUACUGAAGUAAAUUACGGCCACUAUUUGAGAAUUUUACAGUAGGGUGGUGCUCAAAGCUUGGUGACAUUAGCCCUGUUUCUACCCAACACUUUUGUUAUGGUACCUUUGGAACCCAAAGUAACCCUUCAGACAUGAUACCUAGACCCUAGUCCACCCUACUCCACUGCAAACAGUCCCCUUAAAUGUGGGCGGGGUUGUUGUCACUCACUGCUCCGUCCAGCACUCACUGUAUUUC